AAGAACAGAACAGCUGUUGAUUGUUUUUGUUACCAAAUAAGUGAAUAAUGUGGAAAAAUUUAUUAUUUAAUACACGGAAUGUGUUGAGACAACAGCAACAAAUAAAAUGUAGACACUUUGCAGCAAAGGCGACUGCACCGAAAAUAGUGAACUUGGAACAAGUGCACAUUAAUGAGGCCAUUAAACUGGAGCCGACUCUGUCCGUUUACACGCCGGAAGUGUGGAGACGUGCACAUGAGACAUUUCAGAAUCAUGGUCUGGAGACUGUUAACUUUCUGAGAAUUGUUACAGGCAAUCCAACAGUGUUGAAACGCACGCCACAGCGUAUUAUUGAAAGCUUGGAAAUUUGGCGCGCCUGUCAAUUCGGAGAGCAUUUGUUACACCUGCUAUUGACCAAAUAUCCGGAACUGUUGGAUGUCAACAAUGCUCAUCAACUGCUCACCUUAAUUGCCUAUCUGAAGAGUCGCGUAUCAACGAAUAAGAAUGUGUGGAAGUUGCUAAUGAACAGUCCGGAUUUAUUAGCACAAUCAGAGCAGAGUAUUGAGGAGAAGUUUAAUUAUUUAAUUAAUAUAAUGCGCCUUGAGGUGCCAGAAAUUGUUAAAUCCGCCGCAAUGUCACUGCCUUUUAAGGAAUUGCAUUGCCGACACACGUUCCUUUUGCGUUUGGGUUUGUUUAAGCCGCGUGCUCUGAAAGCGGAUCCAAAUGAGCGUACAACCAACAAUAGACUCUAUCAGAUUACGGAUACAUCGGAGAAAUCAUUUGCCACAAAGAUUUGUAAUGUCACAUUGUCCGAGUUUGAGGCUUUUAAGGAAUUAUUAUCACGUGAAUUAGAACGCAAGUCACGAAAACCAAAGGAUGAUGAGGAACUUAGUGACGAUGAUGAAGUUGUCAAUUAGAAUUGUUAAGCUAAGUGUUAUCCACUAAAUUAAAAAUAAAUUAAAAAGUAAAAUUA